AUGGGUAACUGCCUGCCUGUGUUGUUCCGAAUGAGCCGGAACAUCUCCAGCCGUGAUACUGUAAGAAUAUUUAAGAGCCCUUAUGUAAAUCAACUGUAUGCUGCGAAUGUGGCUCGUCAGCGUGCUGCUGCUGACGAAGGAAAGCAACGUGAAGACGCACAACGGCAAAGAAUUAGGAGACUGUUAGAACAGAUUCCGGCAGACGAAUUCCGUGCCGAUAUGAAGGGUAGCGAGUGUGCUAUAUGUAUGGUGGAUUUCGAACCCGGAGAGAAAGUGAGAUUCCUGCCAUGUAUGCACUCUUUUCAUCAGACAUGUGUAGAUGAUUGGUUGAUGAGAUCUUUCACUUGCCCUUCAUGUCUUGAACCAGUAGAUUCAACAAUUUUGUCUUCGCUCACAGCCCAUACUCAGCAGUCCCUUCAAGACCUCGCCUGUUCGCCUGCCACACAGGGAGCAUCUUGA